UUCACGGUCCAUUGUUAUACAGCGUGACGCCGGGUAGAUAUAAAAGGAGUGAGCGAGUGAGUGCGAGUAUUAGGAGACAACAGGUGAUUGAAGUCACAUCAUGGAGUUCUUGAAAGUCCUCGUGGUUUUGUUCGUGGUUUUUCAAGGUUCGCUCUCUCGGUCUAUUAGUUCUGAGGAUGAGCUACGCGUCAUCGUUGGAAAUCUAGAGAAACUAGUAGCACGUUUAAGGCAAUAUGUAGCUGACAGCAAUAUGCCCGGGUACUCGAUGCGCGAGAACGGACCAGUGAGCCAGUAUACACCAGAAUUGCCUGCUCAUAUACAAGAAUUGCCUGUCCACACACCAGAAUUGCCUGUCCACACACCAGAAUUGCCUGUCCACACACCAGAAUUGCCCGCCCACACACCAGAAUUGCCCGUCCACACACCAGAAUUGCCUGUCCACUCACCAGAAUUGCCUGUCCACUCACCAGAAUUGCCUGUCCACUCACCAGAAUUGCCUGUCCACUCACCAGAAUUGCCUGUCCACUCACCAGAAUUGCCUGCUCACACACCAAAAUUGCCUGCUCACACACCAGAAUUGCCUAUCCCCAGUACUAGACCACCACCCCAUACAAGGGGAUUCCACGAUAACAAACAGGACCCCUCCUCUCCAACACACGAACGGCUCUACCAAAUGUUUGGAAAGGUUCUGGAACCAUACUUCGGCAGUUUUCCAAGUGGACCAUAUACAUCAAAGAUGUCCUUAACACCACGUGACAUUGUGACAAAGCUGAAUGCAUGGUACAACAAAGACAACAAACUGAUGUUCGAAGAACAGACCUUCUACAGUGUUGGCAAACAACUCUUGGGUGCUCAUCUCCAGUGUGCAAAGACAAAAUUGAACCAAAUAGUUUUCUACGUUUUGAAGGACCAAGCACGUGCAAUGGCCGCGGAUGACCGAAACAUGAACACGCGUGUGAGGGCGAUUCUAGAGAGCUGGAUAACGGAUACGGCCACUGUAGACAAAGUCAGCCAGAAAAUUGUUUUGGCAGCGCACAGACACACCUACGGGGAGAUCAUGGAGUAUAUUAGAUAUUUCCAGUUUAAGGAUAUCAUGGAAUUCCUUGCAAACAUGAAAAUGCUUCUAUGGAGGACUGAGCAGAAUAAAUGGUCCCCAGUCAUGUUCGAUGAAAAACUCAAUCAACUUUUGACAAACAAUGGAUUUGUCUUUAAAUGUCCGAGCAUGAACGAUCUAUGGCGAUUUCACCAAGAAAUUGUUAGCCGUUUUCAAGAAAAGUUAUUCGAAACCCCAACCUUGACUGAGACAGAAGCCUGGAUGAGGAAAGUCCUACCUACCUACAUGUCUACAGACGCCACCCCCGCCAUUACUGCCAUACUUCAAGCGUACAAGGACUACGUCAAGUCGACAAUGUUGCACUUCAAGCAAGUAGAAAAUCACGUGACAACCAGAAAUCCGACAGACAUCACAAACUUCAUGUCUAAAUUUCUCUCACCGUAUCAACUCCAAUAUCUGCAAUCUAUCUUUGAAUUCCUCAACACUGGGAACACUAGCGAAAUGCGAAAACGACAAUUGGGUAACGAAAAUGUGCGUUCCAAUGGUAUUUAAUAGAUGUGGAUGCGCCUGGACUCCUGUACCGUAUAAAGAUUGUACCGUACAACGACAUCGAAGAAUAGUACCCAAACCGUUCACAAAGGAUUAUUCCGUUACAUAGUUCAUUUGCUGGCCCGUUCCUUGUGCUUCAUUAAGAACUGUUAAUGCAAAUGUUUAUUACGUUAUGUUUGAAAAAUAAAAGUAUCAAAUAUUA